CCGAGGGGCAGGAUUGAGGCUCGCGGCGUGUUUCAAGUUGUUCUGGUGGAGAGGAUGGUCGGGAGGAUGUUGACGGCGUGCGUGCUGGCCGCUGCGAUUUGUCAGGUGUUGAAUGCUGAACAGCACGCACGGAUUCAGGAGGUUUACCCAUGGAGGAGAAAAGGCGAAGGAGUGAUGGUCAGGAUCAAGAGAGAUUGGAUCAUCCCUCCGAUCAGAGUUCUGGAAAACAGUAAGCAGGUUCCAGAAAAUUUGGUCCAGAUUAAGUCGGAUAAAAUCUUCACAGGCGAGGUGAUCUAUAAAUUAGAGGGGCCGGGUGUGGAUCAGGCGCCCAAAAAUUUCUUUGAGAUUGAUGACAAAACAGGAGUCAUCAGAAGCAAGCGUCCACUGGACAGGGAGAAGUAUAGCAGCUUCACGUUAAAAGCCUUUGCACUCUCGACCAGUGGAGAGAGACUGGAGAACCCAACCACCAUAGAAAUUGUAGUCCUGGACCAGAAUGACAACAGACCUGUCUUCACCCAGAAACAGUUCACUGGUGCCGUCUCUGAGUUCUCAGUUCCAGGUACAUCAGUAAUGUCGGUGUCAGCCACAGAUGCAGACGACCCAAUGACAGAUAACGCUUUUCUCAGCUACUCCAUUAUUGGCCAAGAGAGCAUCCCGGCCAAUGCUGUUACCAAGACCAUGUUUGGCAUCAACAAUGAGACGGGAACCAUCUACACAAGAGAUGUAGGCCUUGACCGAGAAGUGGUGAAGACCUUCAGGCUAAUGUUGCAAGUUGCUGAUAUGGGUGGAAUGGGACUGACAAGUGAAGGCGUGGCCAUCAUCCACGUGUCUGAUAUCAACAAUCACGCGCCACAGUUCCACCCGAGCUCGUACAGCAUGACAGCAGUGGAGAACCGAAUGAACUAUGAGAUCGGCCGCGUCAAUGUGACAGACCUUGAUGAUCGCGGAACGGGAAACUGGGAAGCAAAAUAUUUCAUCUCAAACGACCCUUACAGAAACUUUGCCGUCACAACGGACGGUGUCACCAACCAGGGCAUUCUGAUGGCGGCCAAGCCUCUGGAUUAUGAGGCACAGAAGGAGCACAUUCUGUUCCUGACGGCGGAGAAUAUCAACCCGCUGAGCGACAAGGCUCCAAACUUGCCAGUGAGCAGUGCAAUCGUGGUGGUGACGGUCGUCAAUGAGAACGAAGCGCCACGUUUCAGGGAAGACCCCAUCCGGAUCGUCGUGCCUGAAUCCGUGGCUCCCGGAACGCUCCUGAAAAGCAACAUUGCAUUCGACCCCGAUCAAUCUGACCUCAGGUAUGAGAUCAGUCGAGAUCCCGAGAGGUGGCUGGACAUCAACAGACACACGGGCGACAUAACUGCAAGGAGAACCUUCAACAUGCGAUCGCAGCACGUUAAAAACAACAUCUACGUGGCCGUUGUCAAGGUUACAGAUGUCGGCGGCGUGUCGACCACCGCCGGCGUGGCCAUCACUUUGAAGGAGACCAACGACUUUCCCCCAAAGCUCCUUCCACGGAUUGGCACCGUGUGCAGAGAUGCACGAAGGGCCGCUUCUUCCGGAUUGGUGCUGACUGCCGAGGACGACGACCUUCCUCCGCACGCGGCGCCGUUCGUUUUUGAAAUGCCCGACGAUGUGUCCCUCAACUGGACUGUCAUUCAAGUCAAUGACACGCAUGCAAUGCUGCAGCCUCUCGUCGACCUGGGGGAUGGAGAAUACGCAGUCACACUGUUGGUAUCCGACUCCGGAAAGCCGACACUCAGCUCUUACGCUCAGAUCAAUGUCACGGUGUGUCUCUGUGACUCGUUCGGAGACUGUAAGUCUGAGGCGGGGGCAGCGUUCGGCUCCGGUAUGGGGAUCGGCUUCAUUGCGCUUAUCGUCAUCGUGGCCAGCGUUGGCCUCCUUUUACUGCUGCUCCUGUUAGCUGUGGCGGCGACUUCCUGUGGGAGACGCCAUCCUAUCAAGAAAGGAGCCGGUCUGCUCGUGGGGGAUUCGGAGGACGACAUCAGGGACAAUGUGCUCAACUAUGACGAACAAGGAGGGGGUGAGGAAGAUGAGAAUGCCUUCAACAUCGACCUGCUGUGGAAUCCUCUCGAUGCACCCUUGACGCCCCCCAUGCCGUACUACCCCGUCGCCGGCGUUGGAGGCAAGCAGCCCAUCAGAAAGGACGCGCCGCAUAACCUGCCGUCGCCCGCCUACCCUCGGAGGCCCCCGGCGGAUCCCACUGACAUCGAGGACUACAUCGGCGAUGGUCUGCAGGCUGCCGAUAAGGAUCCCAACGUGCCGCCGUACGACACGGCCCUGAUCUAUGACUACGAAGGAGAGGGCUCACUGGCAGGCAGCCUCAGCUCCAUCGCAUCCGGCAGCUCGGAUGAGGACCAGGACUACGACUACCUCAACGAAUGGGGACCGCGAUUUCAGAAAUUGGCCAACAUGUUUGACCCGCGUUAGGGUGGGAAGGUAACCUUUAAACGUAACAAAGUGUCGAAUGAUUCAAUAGCAGCGAGGAAAACACUUUUAGGGGUUUCCACUGGACAAGGAUGAGAUAUUAUCCGUCACUGUGGGCCUUACCGGACCACUGGUCUUAAACAGAGUGCGUGAGAUCAUAGUGAAUAAUUGGAGUCAACUUCAUAGUCGAAGAGGACUUGUUAAAACCUUCACAAGGGUGCUCAGGAAAAAAAACACGCAAGAGCCGACCGAACAUGUUGAAAUGUUAGUCCAUGAUGGAUUGGAUUUAUCGCCAGACUUGGAUUGCCUGGGAUGUACUUUUUUUUUUUUUUUUUUUUACUAUUAUUAUUUUAUGAGAUGAAUUUGAUUUGUUUAUCGCGUUUGCUUGUUUGAUCCUCGCCGCCCUGCAUUCCAGCAUGUGUUCCACCUUUGACACAAAAUAUUACCCAACCAAACGAAUACAGAGGCAAAAUAUUCCGGGGGUGAGCUUGUCAGAGAGAGGGAGAGGUACAUUUACGGUACUUUUUUUUUUUUAUAUAGUGUCUACACAGAAUGAAUGAAAAGAAAAUAGCUGGCUUCCCCGAAAUAUUUCAUUCAUAUAAUGAAUAUAAAACUUAUUUCGUAUUCCUAUUUCAAGGGCUACAACUAUAAUAAACGUCAUUCAAUCUGU